AUUAAUUUGAAAAAUAAAAUCACAGAAUCUGUACUGUUUAGAUCCAAACAAGGUUUGAAUAAAAAUUUUUCAUCCAUUAAAUGGAUUGAAAAAAUAUUUGAAACAUCCAAACUUCCACUAACAAAGCACGAUAAAAUGUAUCCAAACACUUUCAACCGAAGUGUAUCUCGAAAAUUGCGAGAGGGACUGAAAUCGCCUAAAUUUGAUGCUCGACAGUGGCAAGAUCAAGACCUACUUUUAUUCUUAAAAGUAAUGUUUACUGAGCUCGGUUUAAUGAAUAAAUUCAAGAUAAAUAUUACAAAAUUACAUUCAUUUUUAAUCAAAGUUUACGACAGUUACAAUGAUGUUCCAUUCCACAAUUUUAGACAUUGCUUUUGCGUCGCUCAAAUGAUGUAUGUAAUUAUAUGGGCAGUAGACCUCAUAUCAAAAUUAGGAGAACUAGAAGUUUUGAUUUUAAUGGUUUCAUGCAUCUGCCACGAUCUUGAUCAUCCAGGUUACAACAAUAUCUAUCAAAUUAACGCUCACACUGAAUUAGCAUUACGUUAUAAUGAUAUUUCUCCACUUGAAAAUCAUCAUUGCUCAGUAGCAUUUUAUUUAAUGGAAAAAAAGGAAUGCAACAUAUUUUCAUCAUUUGAUUCAGAUAAUUAUAAAAUUAUUCGCGAAGGAAUUAUAAGAUGCAUUCUUGCAACAGAUAUGGCGAGGCACAAUGAAAUUCUUGCAGAAUUCAAUGAGAUAGUUUCUUCUUUUGAUUACACAAGUAAAAGUCACACAAAUCUU